AGGUGAAAUGAGGAAUGUUAUUGUUUGCAGAGAAGUCGCAGUAUGUGGAGGAAUUAGGGAACAAAGAGAAGCAGGAAUUGUAAAUAAGUAAACAAGCGAGGGCAUUUGGACAGAGCAGAUUGACCAUCUCCAUAUCACCAAAAACUAUAGGUCAGAAAUUUAAAUGAAAACGUACAUGAAAGUCAUAGAUGCAUUAGGUGAGAGUCCUGCAACUAGAUGACGCUUGGGAUCCCUUCCAUCUCUACAAUUUUGUCAUUCUUUGUGCUCAUUUGUAUGUGGAGACAGCAAAUUUUAAAAUAAUGAGUACAAUUGAAAUAGAAAUACAGUCCAUCUUACCGUAGCAGGGGGAAAGACUGUGUCUUCCCUCUCAGUAUGCUGACUGGAUGCUAACUGAGAACACGGGCAGCGGAAAAGUGCCAACUGUUCUCCCUUCUCAGGGCUCUUUAUCCUUAAACCCAACUUGGAUUGGAUGCUCCUUCAGAUACAGACAGUGUGGUACAGUGGUUACAGCGCUGGACCAGGAUGGGGAGUUCAGGGUGGACACACACAAUAAAAACACAUGAAAUCAUAAACUUAAGCAAACACUCGUGUGCAUAUGUGUGUUUUUGCUAUUCUUUCUUUGGGCUUAUUUACUUUAAUUAUAUUUUGAUCUAAAAGCCUAAUCAUAUCAGCUACGGUGUCCUGUCUGUGGCGAAUUCAAAAGUCAAAGUUAGUUGUCCCCAAAUCUUGUUAACAUUUGGGACAGGAGCAACAGUGAUUGCAAGAAGAUACUGUUUGAGAACUGGGGGUGGGAGACAGGCAACAAAUUCUUCCCUCACUGAUUCCUUCUCAAGUUAACAAUUGUUUUUCUUAGGCUUUACAGUGGUACUUCUAGUUAUGAACUUAAUUUGUUCCGGAGGUCCGUUCUUAACCUGAAACUGUUCUUAACUAGAGGGAUGCUUUCUCUAAUGGGGCCUCUUGCUGCCGCUGCACCGCCGGCACACAUUUUCCGUUCUCAUCUUGGGGCAAAGUUCUGAACUCAAGGUAAUUCUUCCAGGUUAGUGGAGUUUGUAACCUGAAGAGUUUAUCACCUGAGGCGUUUGUAAGUCGAGGUUCCACUGUACUUCCUUUUUCCUCCUGCUCCUGUCAGUCAGUAUUUGACCUUUUAUUAGCCUCAUGAUGGCCACACGGCUCUCCCUCAAAUUUUCCAGGAGACUGUAGUUAGUUAAGGGUGCUGGGAAGUGUAGCUUUUUGGGGUAAACGGCCAUUGCCAUAAUUCUUUGGCAGACGCCAUGCACUUUGAAUUCAUGGUACAGAUGUGAAGCUGCACACUGUAACGGUUUUCCCCGGCUUAUGCUGUUUCUUUUCAAAAACUAUGAGUCACCCAGAGGGAGGGAAAUGCCCGCCCUGUGGUUUGAAACUGGAAAAACGAAACAAAGGCUUUUAUUCGCAUUUCAGGCAGACGAAAUGGCAGACGAGAGUCCAGUCCAGAACCUCUGUGAGGAAACAACAUGCUCCAUCUGCCUGGAGUAUUUCACAGACCCAGUGACCAUAGAAUGCGGCCACAAUUUCUGCCAAACCUGCAUCACCCAGGCUUGGGGGAACUCGGACCAAGAUGCUUCUUGCCCUCAGUGCAGGGAACCUCGUCAGCAAAGGAAUUUCAGGCCCAACCGGCAACUGGCGAGCAUUGUGGAAAUAGCCAAGAAAUUCAGCCUUCAGAUGGCAAAAGGGGCGGAAGCGCUGGGAAAGGUUUGCGAGAGACACCAGGAGCCCCUGAAGCUCUUCUGCAAAGACGACCAAGACCCCAUCUGUGUGGUGUGUGACAAAUCGAAGGAGCACAGGGACCACAAGGUGAUCCCAAAGGAGGAGGCCUUUGAGGAGUAUCAGGGUAAAAUUCUGCGUCAUUUGGAGUUCCUGAACAAACAGAAAGGAGAAAUUCUGUCUUCUAAACUGACGGUGGAGACCGAAAGCCAGAAUCUGCUGAAGCAGACAGCCACGGAGAGGCAGAAAAUCAUGGCUGAUUUCCAGCAAUUGCACCUGUUUCUGGAAGAACAAGAGUGCCUCCUGCUGACUCAAUUAAAGGAACUGGACGAUGGGAUUAAAAACUGUAGGAAUCAAUAUAUUGACAGACUCUGUGAGGAAAUUGCCUCCCUUAACAACCUAAUCAGGCAGCUGGAGGAGAAACAGAAGCAGCCAGUGACUGAAUUCUUGCAGAAUAUGAGAAGCACCCUGGAAAGGUGUAAUGAAAAUGAAAAUACAACCAUAGAUGCAAUAGCUUUCCCUCCUGGAUUAAAACAGCAAAUAGAUAAAUUCUCUAAAAUGCAUCCUUUUUUGGAGAAGGAGACCAAGAAAUUUAAAGACGUUGUGCUCUCUGGGCCUCAAGAAAAGAAAGACACGGCUGUACCCCAAGCAGCACAAGGUUUCUGGAUUCCCAAGCUGCCUCCCCUGGGUUCGUAUUUCCUUUUGGAAAAUGAGGCACAGCAGAGACUGUGGUGUCUUUAGGAUAUAUGGUUUAUUUACACAUAUAUACAAUCUGAGCCUAUGGUGGAGGGGUUCACAGCAUGGACACCCCAAGAGAGUCUUGUUUCUCCCACUGCCACAGCCUUGCAUUCAAAACAGGAACCAACCCUCGUGCUCUGAUUCUCUUUCCGCCUUGCUGCCUUUUACAGCCUGUCACAUCCCUAAACUCUACUUCAGAACUCUGGUUUUGUCUUCUAACUCUCUCA